AUGUUUCCCCAAUUGACCAUGAACCUCGCCAAACCCGCCGCCCGUGGUGCUGCCGGUUUGAGCGCCCGCAUCGGAACCCAGCUCCGGUUCGCUUCCGGCAGGGCCAUGCCCAACAACCAGCCCCGUGGCACCGCUCCCGCUAAGAACCUCGACGCCACCUUUACCAUUCGCAACGGUCCCGUCUUUUCCGGCCGUGCCUUUGGUGCCAACUCCAACAUCUCCGGCGAAGCCGUCUUCACCACCUCUCUCGUUGGCUACCCCGAGUCCAUGACCGACCCCUCCUACCGUGGUCAGAUUCUCGUCUUCACCCAGCCCCUCAUUGGCAACUAUGGUGUUCCCUCCAACGAGCUCGACCAGUGGAAGCUCCUGAAGUACUUCGAAUCGCCUCACAUUCAGUGUGCAGGCGUGGUCGUCGCUGAUGUCGCCGAGAAGUACAGCCACUGGACCGCCGUCGAGAGCCUCGGCGAGUGGUGCGCCCGCGAGGGUGUGCCUGCCAUCUCUGGCGUCGACACCCGUGAAAUUGUCACCCACCUCCGAGAGCAGGGUUCGUCCCUUGCUAGGAUCUCCAUCGGUGACGAGUACGACGCCGACGAGGAUGAGAGCUUCAUCGACCCCGGCCAGAUCAACCUUGUCAAGCGCGUGAGCACCAAGGCGCCCUUCGUUGUUGAGUCGCCCGGUGCCAACCUCCACGUCGCCCUCAUCGAUUGCGGUGUCAAGGAAAACAUCAUGCGCAGCCUUGUCAGCCGUGGUGCCUCCGUCACUGUCUUCCCCUACAACUACCCCAUCCACAAGGUUGCCUCUCACUUUGACGGUGUCUUCAUCUCCAACGGCCCCGGUGACCCCACCCAUUGCCAGGAGACCAUCUACAACCUUGGCCGCCUCAUGGAGACCUCGUCCGUCCCCAUCAUGGGCAUCUGCCUUGGCCACCAGCUUCUGGCUCUGGCCACCGGCGCCCGCACCAUUAAGCUGAAGUACGGCAACCGCGCCCACAACAUUCCCGCCCUCGACUUGACCACCGGUCAGUGCCACAUCACCAGCCAGAACCACGGCUACGCCGUCGACUCGAGCACCCUGCCCAGCGACUUCAAGGAGUACUUUGUCAACCUCAAUGACGGCAGCAACGAGGGCAUGAUGCACAAGACCCGCCCCAUCUUCUCCACCCAGUUCCACCCUGAGGCCAAGGGCGGCCCCAUGGACAGCUCCUACCUCUUCGACAAGUACCUCCAGAGCGUGCAGCUCUUCAAGGACAACCAGAAGGUCUACCGCGACAACCGUCCGACCCAGCUCAUGCUCGACAUCCUCAGCCGUGAGCGCGUCGGCGUCGAGCCCGUCUCGCUGGCCAGCGCCGCCUAA